AUGGCUUCUCAUAUAUACACUACAGCUUUAUCGUGUUUGCUUCUACUGCUGCUCUCCUCCUUCUCGCAAUGCCAAGCGCAGCAGCAGCAGCUAUCCCCUACGUUUUACGACAACACAUGCCCUAACGCUCUAAACAUCAUUCGCGAUGCCGUAAGGCAAGCCGUGUCCCGUGAGCGUCGUAUGGCCGCUUCCUUGAUUCGUCUCCAUUUCCACGACUGCUUUGUUCAGGGUUGCGACGCUUCCAUCUUACUGGACGAGUCACCAACCAUUAAGAGCGAAAAGACGGCGUUGCCAAACCAUGCCUCUGCCAGGGGUUACGACGUGAUAGAGGCUGCCAAGCGCGAGCUAGAGAAAGCUUGUCCUGGUAUUGUAUCUUGUGCUGAUGUAUUGUCGGUGGCUGCACGUGAUGCCACUGUUGCUGCGGGAGGUCCGUCUUGGACAGUGAAGCUGGGAAGAAGAGAUUCAACCACAGCUAGUCGUAACAUAGAUCUCCCUAGCCCUUUCGCAAAUUUGGAUACACUUAUAUCCAGCUUCGCUAGCAAAGGCCUUAACACAAGAUACAUGGUUGCCUUGUUUGGUGCACACACUCUCGGCCAAGCUCAAUGCUUCCUAUUUUGCGAUAGAAUUUACGGCAACCGUACUAACAUUGAUUCCGGUUUUGCUAGCACUAGAAGACGCAAAUGUCCAAUGGACACCGGAAAUGGGAAUUUGGCACCCCUUGAUUUAGUGACCCCAAAUUCCUUUGAUAACAACUACUAUAAGAACUUAUUGCAAAAGAAAGGUCUGCUUCAAUCGGAUCAAGUUCUAUUCAGCGGUGGAGCAACUGACAGUAUUGUUUCAGAGUACGCUAGGAGCUCUCGGGCAUUUCAAGAAGAUUUUGCAUCAGCCAUGAUUAAAAUGUCUGAAAUUCAGCCGUUCACGGGUCAAAAUGGGAUCAUUAGGAAAGUCUGCGGUGCUUUGAACUAGCUUCAUUCUUCAAUUUAGUUUUUCCUCUCC